UCUGCCCCACAUUGACACACAAUAAGACAUCUUUACAAAUCGGCUCCGUCCUGAUUCUCAUCCAGCUCGGCGAGUCAAACCAACAUGUCUGUCAGCCUCGGAGGGACCUGGAACUUAGUCAGCAAUGACAACUUUGAGGGAUACAUGGUCGCACUUGGCAUUGAUUUUGCAACACGUAAGAUUGCCUCCAAGCUGAAGCCGCAGAAGGUGAUUAAGCAAGAAGGCGACGCUUUCACAAUCCAGACGUUCUCAACCUUCAGAAAUUAUGAGUGUUCAUUCAAAAUUGGAGAAGAAUUCAAAGAUGUGACGAAAGGAUUGGACAACCGGACCUGCCAGAGUGUGGUGAACUGGAUCGAUGAUAGGCUGGUGUGUGUUCAGAGAGGAGAGAAGAAGAACCGAGGCUGGACUCACUGGGUCGAGGGAGACGAGCUUCAUCUGGAACUCACUUGCGAGGACCAAGUCUGCAAGCAAGUUUACAAAAGGGCUCAGUAAUCAUGACUUCAGAUAAAGGAAAACUUCUCAUGUUCAAGACUUCAAUCAAAUGAGUAAACUGAAUUAUUGAUGCACUGAUUCCUAAUAAAUAGAAUAUGAUUUGAUUAUUUCUUGAAUUUAAUAAGUUUUAUUCCCCCCAAUUCCAAUUCUUUGUUUUUUUGACAUUUACACAUCUAAGAAGCAGAUAUUGAUCCUUGCUUUGAUGAGUGCAACAGGAUGAACAGUGAUGAGAAAACAAGACUUUAUCAGCACUGAUAAAUCACUCUGGCUCAAAAUGACACAGUUUAUUCAACAUGACGUUUCUCUUCACGUGGCAGCUUCUGGAAAUUGUAGUUCCUACUUAAGACCACUUGGUGGUGCUGCAGUCAUAUAGCUGUUGGAAGGAAACAGUAGAAAGGUGAUUGAACUUUUUUCAUUACUUCAAAGCUGAAAUUAAAAUUGAGAAAAUGGUUGACUUAAGCUUACUUUAACAGUAUAAAGGUAAAAAAAACAACAAACAAAUGCAGCAAACAAUGUUUGUUUUUUCUCAAAUAAAAAUGAAUUAAGGAAAAAGGAAAACUCAGAGCAAGUAAGUGUGUCUAAACAAGACCUUUCACAAAGAGGGUCACAGUAUGUGAAACAGCAUAAACAUGGUUGGAGGACUGACAACAGUCUAUAUUACUUUCUUUAACACACUGAGCUUCUCUUCUCUUUUCAUUCCCGAUUCAAUUCUGUGUCACCAAUUGCAUAUCAAUAAAUAAAAGUAUCUCUC